AUGGCGCAUCCCACCAUUAACGCAUCUCUCCGCCAGAGCAGUGCCUACCCGACGACGUCACAGCAAGCCAUGGCUUUAACCAUGCGAAUCGAAGCGAAAAAGGCCGAAUUGGAGAAUCUCACCCAGCUACGUGAUCUGAGCAAUGCGCUUGCCUCGCAAAUGCAAGCUCUCGAGGCAAAACUAGCUACCUUGAAGGACGGCACGGAAUCCAUUGCUUGUGUUUUGGCAAAUUGGCAGAGCGUUUUGCAGGCGAUUAAUAUGGCGACCAAGAAAACAGCGGCCGGCGUUGAAGGGCUUGCGACCGGCGAGAACCGUCCAGCUACACUUGUGAGGAUACCUACUGCGACGAUUGACACGCUUCGGGAUGCUUGA